AUGGCCGAAUCGUCUUGCGAGAAAUCUGUUGAAGGUUACAUGGUGAACCGGCCGGUCCUAGGGUUGCCUGGUGCAUUUGAUGGAGUGCUGGCCGCAUACGUCUUGUACCUCAGUGACGUGCAGGACGAGGCUCUCCCUGAUCAGGACGCACAGCAGGCAACUGUCAGUCGUAGGCCUCCAGAUCAGGUCGGCCACGACUCAGACCGCUGCCGAUGGAGCUCAUUCUGUGUCGCCCUUAAGUUAAGGUACCUAUCCUCCUGCCGGGAUGAGGCAACUGAUGUACCCAGCUACAGGAGGGGCUACCCGCUGGCAGGUGGCACUGGCACCGACCAUGAGUCGUCCAGCUGGUUCCUCCCGCAGCGCCCCUCAAGCCUGGCCAGUCCUGCUACUGUAAACCCCUCCACUGCACCUCCAAAAAAUACAUUCUCGCAAAACCUCUUACAGGCGCAACAGUUCAGCUUUUGCUUCAUCCGCACACAUCGAGUCUCUCUUAUUUUUGCGGGCUUUUACGUCUCCUCUGAACUGGUCGAGAAGCAUUGUCAGUCGACUAGUGUACCUUCUUGCGUCGAGACGAGCGGCGCCCAAGUCACGGUUGCCACGGCCUUUCCCUCCCCUCCACUGACGUACUUUCUUCACCGUCCACCGGAGGCUAACUCCUCCAUCGUCCUCCGGACUGUCUCCCCCGCGACUGCCUUUCCCGGGCUUGCACUCUUCGAGCUGCACAGGCAGCUCGCCAUCACAACGUCUUCCUCAAAGAAGCGGAAGAUUGCGCCGCGACACAUAGAUAACGACCAGCUGCAACCUCACACCCCCUAUCCCGACAUAGUUUUGCCCUCCUGCGAACCCGACGACGACCCCGCCCUCUCUUUCACCUCCACCGCCUUCAGCGACAACCGCCACGGCUCGCCCGAGGUUGAGGUCGAAGCUCCCCCCGUGGCCGCUCCCUGGUGGCAAUCCGCCGAAAGCAAUCCCGCCUCGAGUCUGCCUGCCAGACUCCAGACUCGCCAGGUCUCUCUGACGUCGACCGAGUACCCCGAUAGUGCUGCGUCUUCUCCCUCGGGCGUGGGCGACCUCUCCCUCGACAGCGACCGCGGCGGCUAUACCUCUGGCACCGAGACCGGGCCUCUGCAGCCGCAUGACACGGCCCGAAGCCAGUCACCCUUCAACGUCUCCCGCCGGGCUAUCAUGGGAGGAGAUGGGAACGCCCCUCAACGGUCUUCUUCACCCUUGAAACGACGCGCUUCCAGCAUGGAACCACAGCAAGACACGGAGAUGCGAGGGGCCCAGGAGGCGGAUUCGGUCGAGUCCGCUCAGAGCACAGCACAACACGGGUCAACGACUACUCGAGCCCAACUGCCGAGGGCCAUGAGCAUCGAUUUGCCGGAUGACCAGCCCGCUUCAGGCGUGCAGCCUGCAGAGCCACCACCUCUCGAAGAGCAGAUUAAAACGAUUCAGACACUGGUGCUCGGAUUUGAGGAAACCGUCCCGAAGGUGGGCGAUACCGCAUACCUGGUGUCCACGUCAUGGGUGCGUAAAGCCCAAGCCUUUGGUGACCCCAAGAACACAAAAGACGGUCCGUCAGAUGAACGUCUUGGCCCUGUGGACAAUUCAGACAUCAUCGACAGCAUUUUAGCCACAGACGAGGGCCCCUUUGUGCGCCUGAGAGAUGGAGUGAGCUUAGAUGGCGACGUCUCGCUCUUCCCUGACGAUGCUUGGACCCUAGUAUCGGAGUGGUACGGCCUCUCCGAUGGGCAGAUCCCCAUCAUCCGCAAGGCCAUCAACACCGCGCAAGAUUCGGCUCCUUCGGCGAAUAUCAUUUUUGAGAUCAACCCUCCCGUCUUCACCAUUCAUCGACUGUGGUCCAGUGGGAGUGAAAUCCCCAUUGAGACCAAGCUGAAGGAUGCUGCACCAAUCGUCGUGGUCAAAAGCACCUCUGCAUCUUACAAUGAGUUCUUCAAAGAGCUCAAGACAAAGACGGGCAUUCCAUUGGACCGCAAAAUACGUGUAUGGUCAAUAGCACCCCAACCGGAGCCUUCUCAGAUGGAUGUUGAGCCUCACUCCGCGUUGACGCCGCCUGAUUCGCCGGAACGCGAGCCUGCAUCUCCCCCGGAAUCGUGGAAGAAGAUGCUGAUAGACGUGCCGACGUACUUGGCCGUGGAUUCGCUGCGGCGGAGUAAGGUCGAUGCCAUCGACAACACAGUCAAUGCCAACUACAAUGGGAGAAGCUCAUUGUCUAUGAAGGCUCUUGGGCAAAGCCAGAUUCUGGUCCUUGACGAGGAAGUCGAGAGGGGGGAAUUUGUGUCGACGUACUUCAAGAGAAAGGGUAACGCCAAGAGCAUCGCCUCUCGAGGAGUGGGAAAUGGCAAGACAACUCAGUCCAGUGGCAACAACAGCGGUCGGAACAGCCCUGCACCAUCAGCUCGCUCUGGUCCUAUAACUCGCGGCAGGACGCAGCAGAAAAGGUCGGGUCGCAGCGUCGGAGCUGUUGGUCUGCAGAACUUGGGAAACACGUGCUACAUGAACUCGGCACUUCAGUGUGUCCGGAGUGUCGAGGAGUUGACGAAGUAUUUCCUCACAAGCGAGUAUGAGAAGGAGUUGAACCGCGACAAUCCUCUUGGCUACGAUGGCCAAGUAGCCAUCACGUAUGGGCAGCUCUUGAAGGAGAUCUACCGCGACUCAAGAGGGGCCGUCAGCCCUCGUGAGUUCAAGGUGACAAUCGGUCGUUGUCGCAGCGCCUUUUCUGGAUGGGGCCAGCAGGAUACGCAGGAAUUUCUCGGCUUUCUUCUGGAUGGUCUGCAGGAAGAUCUGAGUCGUAUCAAGAAGAAGCCGUACAUCGAAAAGCCCGAUUCGACUGAUGAGAUGAUCGGCAACGAGGAGGCCAUUCGCAAAAUGGCAGAAGAGGUCUGGGAUAUCACCCGAAAGCGAGACGACUCUGUCAUCGCUGAUCUGUUUACUGGCAUGUACAAGUCUACACUUAAAUGCCCCGUUUGCGACAAAGUCAGCAUCACGUUUGACCCUUUCAACAACUUGACCCUUCCUCUGCCAAUUGAAGAUCUUUGGAGCGCUUCAGUUAAAUUCUUCCCCCUCAACGAUCGUCCUGUACUUGUCGAGGUCGAACUGCCAAAACACAGCGCUGUUGAACUGCUCAAGAAGGCCAUCUCUGAUCGGACUGGUGUUCCCGUCAACCGUUUGAUUGGCGCAGAAGAGUUCAAAGGAAAGUUUUUCAAGAUUUACUCCGACAACGAAGACGCUUCGGAAGCCAUUACCGGCAGCGAUGUCGCCACCUUCCACGAGCUGGAGUCGUCGCCCACCAACUGGAUCAAGUCUAGUGGCCACCGCUCCAUGCUAGACAUUGACGAGGAGCCUUAUGUCGACCCACGCACCGAACACCUUGUCGUCUCUGUCCUGCAUCGGAAGCAAGCUGCUGGUAAUCGAUAUAGCCGGGAUGACAGCGCUUCACCUCCUCACUUCAUCGUUCUGACGAGAGAAGAGGCCAACAAUGAGGAUGUUAUCCGGCGCAAGAUUCUUGAGAAGAUCGCCACAUUCACUACCGCUGCCGGCUUCGCCGACUCUGACGAUGGGCUUGAUCCUGAGACGGUUGUCACGACACAGUCCGAUACCGAGAUGGGUGAUUCUAAAGUCGUUGCUCAAUCAGUCGAGGGCGAGGACGACAUCGUCGAAGUGUCGAUGAAGGGCAAUGGCGAGCCAACUGCUGCUACGACCGCCGCUACUAAUGACCGCUUGCUGAAGCGGUUUGAGUCGCGUCGACCCAAGUGGGCGACGGACUCACAGUCUUAUCUGCCACCCCAGCUCCAGAACCUUUUCGAACUGUUUUACUUCGGCGGUGAGAGCAGCGACGUUGUGCCUUCUGGCUGGAAUAGCCUUGACCGAUCUCUACACAAACUAUCAUCCAGAGCGCCGCCACCUGAGUCAUCAAGCGACCAAGAUGAGUCGAACAGCCCGGGCACCUGGACGAACGGCGGUGAUGGCGACAGCGACAACGACAGCACUAGCGACCUGCAAUCCUCUGCCUCAACUCCGGCACAAACUCGCAUGAAUGAAGAGUCGAGCGAGGAAGAGGCAGUCGUUAAGCCCCCCAAGGCUAGUGUUCGAGCAUCCCAGCGACCUAAUGGUCAGAAGCCUGGCGCUAGCAAGAAAAAGAUGAAGCCUCACAAAACUUACGGCAAAAAGGGCAAUAAGCGCCGUCACAGGGAGAUGAACUCGCGCGAAGUGCGCAUGCCCGAUGUUGCGCCGCAACCCUCACCCACGGAUGAUGUGCCCGGCCCCCUGGUUCGUUUCGGAGAGGGUAUCGUUGUCGAAUGGGACAGCAAUGCCUGGGACGGUAUUUUCGGCGAUACAGAUCACGGUAAUGACGAUCUGCGUGGAAGUCCCACGUUCAACGACCUGGAGCGCCUUCGCGAUCCAAACAUGGAGCUGAAGCGGAAAAAGCGCCAAGCUCGCCGUUCCAAGGGCAUCACGCUCGAGGAGUGUCUGGACGAGUUCGAGAAGGCCGAAAUUCUAUCCGAGCAGGAUACAUGGUAUUGCCCGCGCUGCAAAGAACAUCGCCGUGCAAGCAAGAAGUUCGACCUGUGGAAGACGCCUGACAUUCUCGUUGUGCAUCUCAAACGAUUCAGCUCUUCCGGCUACCGGCGAGACAAGCUGGAUGUGCUAGUUGACUUCCCCAUUGAGGGCCUCGAUCUGCGGACACGCGUCUUGCACCAGGAAGAUGGCAAGGAAGAGAUGUAUGACUUGUGCGCCGUCGACGAGCACUUUGGUGGCCUCGGCGGUGGUCAUUAUACGGCGUGGGCCAAGAACUUCGUCGACAAUCAGUGGUAUCACUUCAAUGACACGAGCGUGUCGGCUGGCAAAGCAGAGAGCUCCGUCACUAAGGCUGCGUACCUCUUGUUUUACCGCCGGCGUUCCGCUGUGCCCCUAGGUGGACCCCGCUUCCGCGAAAUCUGCGAGAAAUUUGACAGCGGUUCGGAAGAGGAGGAAGAUGAACAAGACGCGGCAGAUUCGGGGGAAGGCCGGCGUCUCGGCGAGGGCUCCUCCCCAACUGGAUCGUCGAGACUUGGGACCGGAGCCGGAGCAAUUCGCCUGCCAGCAGGUCGUGGUUUGGCUCAUAACACCAUGUCGACGCGCAGCGACGACGGUCUGCCCGACUACAACAGCAGCGAACGGAUCCACAACAGCAUCGAGGACGAAGGUAUCGGCAUGGCGGGCGCUCCCGCGAGUCGGCUGUCUCAGACGUUCACCGGCAAGCAAGCGUGGUCAUUCAGCGGCAUCGGCGAGGAGGGUGACACCACGGAUACGCUCCAGCUCGGAGGCUACGCCAGUGACGAAGCACAGGCCGACUCGGACGUGCCGGACCUGACUGGCCGUGGCAGCGAGUCCCCCUUGGUCGAUGACCUGCUUCCCCAAGAAAGCGACGACGUGUUCGGGCCUCAGGAGCAGGGGCCCCUGCCCGGCAGCACCGAGACCUGGAGUCUCAAACUUGAUAAUGGGGUGAAUGCUGUGCCGCCGAGGGAUGACGAUGAUGACGCUGCGUCGUCGGAGGCCGCUGAGAUUCACAUUUCCGACGACAGCCAGGGUCAGUCUGAUGUUAAGUCCUAG